AUGGACCUCCAAAGAGUCACCGCGGACGGCUUUGUCGAUUCGCCAGACUCUGGAGAAGAACGCGUACCACGGCAGCAGGUCCACGUGAACCCGAACGAGCCUGUGUCAGCCCCCGCAAUGGGCGCGGUUGAUAUUCUAUUCAACCCACUGCUGGAUUCGAAUGCUUUGGCUCACGUGGAGGACGCCGCUCUACCCCCUCAUCCUUCUCACGCGCAGCCCAUCGCUGGCUCCACCCCUUACUUGGGCGACCUCCGUAACCCGGAGAACCAUGCCGAGAACAGGCAUGGGAAGAUUUACUCAUCGAACAUAAUAGCCCCACAAGGCUACCAUGCCACGACGGCCGCAAAGGUGGUCUUCUGGACCCGCCUGGGUCUGGACAACCUCAUCCCCAAGUGGCGUCGGGGCCAGUUCACGGUGUUGGAAGUGAAGCCGCGGGUGGUCAUGAACCGGUACCAUACCUCAGCCAAACCCUACUCUCAAGCAUCGAGAGUCUUAAUCAUCACCGGAUCCGCAGAGAUCAUCGAUAUCUUCGAGCUGUUCUUUCUCUUUCGCGCGAACUUUCACUUCGAGCUGGAAGAUAUGGUGGAAACCACUCGUGGUGCCCACCAGGCUACCAUCAAGGGAGCCAGAGCGAAGAAGUGGCCUUUUACGGCUGCCGGGGAGGAUCAAGAAAAAGUCACACUGACGCGACGCGAGGUCGACCUAUGGCGGUCUGCCGCGAUGGCCUGGGGCGCAGACCCCAGUGCUGAGACAACAUGUCCUGAUGCGCAGCUCGGAACAGAUACCGAGACGACCAAUGUAGACGAGCUCAGUCACGUUGGGCAGCCUGAAGCCGAUCGAACUUCAAUCGGCGAACCGACAACCUACGAUGUGACAACCUAUGAACCGACAACCGUCGAAAUGACAGCCGAUGACAUUAUAACCAACGGAGAGAACAUUGACGAAGAGACGGCGGACGAAGAGAUGACAGACGGAGAGAACAUCGACGAAGAGAUGACCGACGGCGAGACCGAGAACAAGACCAACGACGAGACCAACGAUGAAGAGAUGACAGACGCCGAGACCGACGACGAGGAGAUGACGAAAUAG